UCUCCUAUAUUAGUGGCUCCCCAUUUUCUUUAAUCUUCGAAGAGAGAAAGGUAGGCAAUUAUUCCCACACAGGAAAUCUUAAGCAACUCCUCUAAUUUGUUCUAUUCCUUAUAUCUGUCCCCUCUCCCUAUCAUAGCUGCAUUGCCUUCUUAAAGCCUCUCAAGCUUGUCUAGAUCUUCUUAAGUUUUCAGGACUCCAUAUAUAUCGCCUGAAGUUCCUUUGUCUCAGGAGUUCAUAAUUGGUUCUUGACAUAUAUGAUGUCAGCUAUCCUUACAUAUUAAGACUUGCAGCUGGUUUCCACCUCUGGGCAGAACUCCUCCUUGAAGAUUAAUUCUAACAGUAGUGUUUCAACGCUUCUGGUUUAUUUGCUGUAUCAAAAAUCCUCCUGAUGGACAUGGGCAGUAGCAAUAAGGACAAGGCAGCAAUAGACAUCCAGAAAAGCUACUUUGAUGUGCUGGGUAUUUGCUGCACAUCUGAAAUCCCCCUCGUUGAAAAGAUUCUUAAGCCGCUUGAUGGAAUCAAGGAAGUCUCAGUGAUUGUUCCUUCUAGGACAGUAAUCGUCGUCCAUGAUACCCUUCUCAUUUCUCAGAUUCAAAUAGUUAAGGCUCUAAACCAAGCGAGGCUGGAAGCAAACAUACGUGGAUAUGGUGAAGAAAAAAGCGGACGAAAAUGGCCGAGUCCAUAUACAAUGGGCUGUUUCAUUUUGCUGUGUUUAUCUUUCUUUAAGUCACUUUUCCACCCACUUCACUGGUUAGCUCUAGGAGCAGUUCUAGUCGGCCUCCCUCCCAUUGUGAUGAGAAGCGUCGCUGCUAUACGUCGACUCACCCUUGAUACCAACAUUCUUGUGUUACUUGCAGUGGGUGGAGCAAUUGGAUUGGGAGAUUACGGGGAGGCAGGUUUUAUUGUGUUCCUGUUCACCUUUGCAGAGUGGCUUGAAUCAAGAGCAAGUCACAAGGCUAAUGCAUCCAUGUCGGGUUUGAUGAACAUGACUCCUCAGACAGCCGUCUUAGCUGAAACAGGGCUUGUACUUGAUGCUAAAGAUGUGAAGCUGAAUACAGUCAUUGCUGUGAAGGCUGGGGAAGUAAUCCCCAUAGAUGGAAUUGUUGUUGAAGGGAAUUGUGAAGUAGAUGAGAAGACUUUAACAGGGGAGUCCUUUCCUGUUGCCAAGCAAAUCCAAUCUAAUGUAUGGGCUGGUUCUAUAAACCUAAAUGGUUACAUUAGUGUGAAAACCACUGCCUUGGCCGAGAAUUGUGUAGUAGCUAAAAUGGCAAAACUAGUAGAAGAUGCCCAGAAGAACAAAUCCAAGACACAGAGAAUGAUUGAUAGUUGUGCCAAGUACUACACACCAGUUGUGAUAUUGGCAUCCAUUGGGAUUGUGGUGGUUCCAACUGCAUUAAGAGUACAUAACCUGAAGCACUGGAUUUACUUGGGGCUAGUUAUUCUGGUAAGUGCAUGCCCAUGUGCACUUAUCCUCUCUACACCAGUUGCUAUUUACUAUGCUUUUACAAAAGCUGCUUCAUCUGGACUUCUAUUCAAGGGGGGAGAUUUUCUUGAAACCCUAGCUAAGAUUAAGGUCAUUGCCUUCGAUAAGACAGGAACAAUUACAAGAGGAGAAUUCGUGGUGACAGAUUUCCAAUCUAUCUGUCAUGAUGUCAGCUUGAACUCCCUACUUUACUGGGUUUCAAGCAUUGAGAGCAAAUCUAGCCACCCAAUGGCAGAGGCACUUGUCGACUAUGCACGCUCACACUCCAUUGAACCUAAACCAGAGAACGUUACAGCGUUUCAGAAUUUCCCAGGGGAAGGGAUCUAUGGACAAAUUGAUGGGAAGGAUAUCUUUGUUGGGAAUAGAAAAAUUGCCAUGAGAGCCGAGUGUAGAACAGUUGACACUGAAGAAGGUGACAGUAAGGGAGCAACAAUUGGAUAUAUAUGCUUGGGAACAACUUUGGUCGGAUCAUUCAGCCUAACUGAUGCCUGUAGAUCUGGAGCUGCAGAGGCCAUCAACCAGUUGAAGUCAUUGGGCAUUAAAACAGCCAUGCUUACAGGAGAUACCUAUGUAGCAGCCACUCAUGCUCAAGAUCAGCUAGGGCAUGCUAUAGAGGUAGUUCAUGCCGAACUCUUACCCGAAGACAAAGUGAGAAUUAUCAAAGGCCUUAAGGAGGAAGGAGCAACAGCGAUGAUCGGUGACGGUGUGAACGAUGCUCCGGCAUUGGCAGUGGCUGACAUCGGCAUCUCAAUGGGCAUCUCAGGCUCUGCACUUGCCACGGAGACAGGCCACGUAAUACUUAUGUCCAACGAUAUGCGUAAGAUCCCACAGGCUAUCAGGCUUGCUAGAAAGACCCAACGGAAGAUAGUGGAGAACAUCGCAUUGUCGAUCAUCACUAAGGUUGCUAUUCUUGCAUUGGCCUUCGCUGGCCACCCACUUCUCUGGGGUGCAAUUGUGGCUGAUGUUGGUACCUGCUUGCUUGUCAUCUUCAACAGCAUGCUCGUUCUACGAGUGAAGAGCGCUUCAAGCUCAACAUCAUCAUCAUCCUGUGGGAAGCAUGCCCAGAAGCAUCACCACCACCAUGGUUCCUGUGAGAAUCAUCAACAUGAGCAUUUGUGUAGCCAUCCAUCAUCAUCAUCAGCUCCUGUUCAUCAUCACAAAGAAUGUUGUUCACAUGAAGUGGCAGAGAACUUGUGUGAGUCUCAGAAAGAUCAGUCAUGUGCUUCAUCAAGUCAUCCAUGUAAGUCCCUCCAGCCAGUAGGCUCCUCCUGUAAGGAGGGCAGCUGUAGAGAUUUGAUUGAGAGACAGAAGGGUCAUGGAGAUUGCAGAGAGGUGGCAGUGGCACAAGAUGGGGACUCACACAUGAUAUGCAUACAUCAAAAUGCAACUGAAGUAAAGAUAUGUGGUAACCACAGCUCAAAUGGUGAUAAGCUUGGAGUUACCAGCUGUUCGACUGCAGUCUCUUGUAGGUCCAAGCCAAACCAUGGUCUCAGUUGUUCAGAAGCAGGGCACCAGCACGUGAAGGAUGCUAGUCACAGCCAUUCGAGUCCAAUUGCUUGCAGAGACAACGACCAUCACCAUCAUCACCACACAGACAAGUCAGAUGUGCAAGCCGCAGAUCAUUCGCAUGAUGGGGAGCACUCUGUGAGGUGCAAGACCCACAGUUGUCACUCUGAUUCAAUAUGUCGUUCUGCGAAGGAUAUCAUGCCAGUGGCAGAAGGCCAUGGGAAUUGGGCAGCUCAUCAUGCUUGUCUAAGUUUAGAGAAGAGAGAGAUGGGUGCCUGUUGCAAGAGCUUCAGGAAGGAAUGUGGUGGUCAUCACCAUGGAUGCUUAGGAGCUGGUUUGGGAGGCCUAUCAGAGAUUGUCACUGAGUAAGGCUGUUUUAAAGAUAGAUGGAAGAAAUCAAAUAAUCUGUAUGGUCUAUGUUGUUGUUUUGAGUAGAAAAAUAGGAAAAUUUGUUUGAAUGCUUAACCUCAUCAUGAAAUUAAUCAAAAAACAAUGGUUGGAAGGGGAUAAGGGUUGGACACAUAAUAUUAUGAUUAUUA